CUUACUAAUUACCCUCUGGGCUUCUUGAACCUUUAUGUCUUUGAUGUUGUCUAGACUAGAGAAGUUCUCAGCUAUUAUGUCCUGAAGAAUGCUUUCUUCCCCUCCCUCUCUUCCUUCCUCUGCAUCCUCAACCCAGGUAUCAAAAUCAAGUUUUUCCAAACCAGGAAAGAAUUCAGAGCCUGCACUUAUCCUAGUGAAAAAAAAUGAUGCUAAUAAUCAAGAAAGACAAAAGGAAAAUAACAAGCAAGGAAGUAGCAACACACAAGUAAACAAGGGUACACUCAUUCUGCAAGGACAACCAGGGUAUUCCAACCAGCCAGGGAAACCAGGGAAUUUAAAUCAACAAGGCAUUCCAGAAGUCAACCAGCCUGAAAAAGGAAAACCAGGAUCUUCUAGCCAACAAGGCAAGCCAGGAACAGGUAGUCUAAUAGGGAAACCAGAAGCCUCUAGUCCACAAGAUAUGCCAAUGUCUUACAAUCAAGAAAGAAGAAAAAAUGCAAACAACCCUUUAAAUGACAAUACAAUGGAGAUUCAGGUUGACAGCACCAAUGGGAAGAACCCAAAAGGAAACAGAAUAUGUCAGUCGAUCUAUAAGCCAGUCUGUGGCUCAGAUGGGAAAACAUAUGGUAAUCGCUGUGUAUUCAAUGAGGCAAAAAGGUUGAGCCAUGGAAAACUGACUCUGAAUCAUGAAGGGAAAUGCUAAGCAUUUACAGCAAUCACAUCAUCUGGAAUCUCACAAAUCUACUUGCAAUUCUCUUCAAACCAUGGAUUCCUUGUGAGGACAGCGUGAGACUUAUUUUCAAAUUAGUUCCAUUGCAAAUAAAGUUCCAAACUUACUUCUGAA